GUUUCAAGUAAUGAAGAAUCAGUUGUGAAGAAAAUAUGGUUUCAAUCUCUAACGCUGUGAAGCUGUCUCUCAUUCUUCAGUUCAUUCUGACUUUAAAUCUCCAUUUGAUUUAUGGCUCUCCAGUGUAUGAAACUCAAAAUACCAUACAAUGGAUCCCCACUUCAACUGAGUUUACAGUACUCGUCAAUACAUAUGUGAAAUUUCAGUGUCGGACAACUGGUGACAUAAUUCACUCAAAAAUUUGGCUAAAAAAUGAGACACAAAUUAAUGCCAACAAAAAAUACCACAUAAAUGACUAUACAUUGACUGUAAAUGAUCUUCAAUUAAACGACUCCGGAAUUUAUUCCUGCAUUGCUUUACACAACAAACACCCGUUUCGAGUCAACUAUACGUUAAAAGUCAUUGAAUGGCAACAAAUAGAAGACUCUUUAAGAUCACCCAAAACCGCUUCCAAGAAAUUAAGUCAAACAACGAAUACGAAAUAUGAGAAUGACAAUUAGAAAAUGGGGUCUUUCGAUGAAGAAUAUGGCGGUGACGGACAGCGGGGACUAUAUGUGUGUCGCGUCCAACAGGAAUGGAAAUAUAAAUCACACGAUUGUCGUUGAAGUGAAAGAUUUUUUGGCCCACAAACCCGUUUUUAAUACACACGAAUAUCCAUUGAAUCAAACGUUAACAGUCGGCCAAACGGCUAUAUUUGACUGUCAGUUUGUGUCAGAUAUGGAGGCAGUGGUCGAUUGGCUGAAAAUGAUUACAGACGAUAACAAAACUAUUAUUACUAAUCUUCGGUACACUGACCUGAAAUACGAGAAAACAAGUGUUCACGAGCUUUUCAUUCAUAAUCUGACAUUUGAAGACACGGCUAACUAUUCAUGUGUUGUUGAAAACUAUUACGGAAUAUCUUAUAAGAACUUUACUCUUAAAGUCAUUUCGGACGACCCUAUUGUUGAGGUAAUGCGCUCUUCGGAUACUCAUUGGAUAGCGAUUGGGCUAAUUGUGUCGACAUUUGUUGUCGGGUCAUUCCUCUGCUGCUGUAUUGUAUGCAGGCGUCCGAAGAAUGUGACCAUUUCUGCGCAAAAGAGUUUUAUUAUCAAAAAGAAAAUUAUUCUCGAGAAACCCGAUUCUGACAAAUCUAACGACUCGAUCGCACCGUUGGUUAAAAUUGAUUAUCAGGCCAUUGAAGUGGAUUCAGAUAUUUGUCGGCUUAACGGCUUGACAUCACAGUACGAGUUACCACUCGAUCCCGAGUGGGAGAUCUCCAGAGAUAGUGAUGACGAAGAGGAAGAAGAACCGGAACAGGAAGACGAGGAAGAAGAGAAUAAUGACUGCGAAGAAGAUGUCCAAAAACAGCGUCACUUCGUUUUCCAGAGGAAUAUUGACAAUAAAUGCUAUGAUAUAACUGAAUUAGAAAUCAGAACUAAGUAUUUGAGCGACAGAUUGAAUAUAUAUCGUGAUAAAGAAGACUUCGUCUAA